AUGUACCUAGCAGACACUUUGAGCAGGGCAUACCUAAGAAACAACGACCAGACUGGCACACUUGAAGAGGAAGCAAUACAUCAGGCACGAUUUCUCCCUGUGAUCAAAGACAGACUUCAUGAACUGAGACAGGAAACUCAGGAAGACAAAACACUAGUAGAGCUGAUCAAAGUUAUUCUCUCAGGAUGGCCAGAAAUCUCUGCGUGUGUUUCAGCUCCCUUACAGCCAUAUUUCAGCAUCCGUGAUGAAUUGACAUUUCAAGACGGCAUUGUAUUUAAAGGAGAGCGCAUUCUUAUCCCAGAGACAAUGAGAAUGGACAUGUUGCACCGUAUUCACUCAUCUCAUAUUGGAGUUGAAGGACGUCUCAGGAGAGCUCGUGAAAAUUUGUUCUGGCUGGGUAUGACCAAAGAUGUGAAAGACUUUGUGACUAAGUGUGAUACCUGUCGUUCCUUUGAUGACAAACAAAUGAAAGAGACCCUCGUAAUCCAUGAUGUACCCACACGUCCAUGGGCCAAAGUAGCUAGUGACCUAGUUAGCCACAAUUCGAAGGAGUACCUUGUGACCGUUGAUUAUUUCUCUAACUUUUGGGAGGUUGACUAUCUUCGCAAUACUAAGUCGAAGACUGUAAUUCAGAAACUGAAGGCAUUGUUUCCACGCUAUGGGAUUCCAGACACCCUUGUAUCUGACAAUGGGCCCCAGUUUGCCUCUACUGAGUUCCAACAGUUCGCCAAGGAAUGGGAAUUCAGUCAUGUGACUAGCUCACCGAAGUACCCCCAAAGUAAUGGAAAAGCUGAGCAAGCUGUCAAAAUGGCCGAAAGAUUGCUGAAACGAGCCUUGAAAUCUCUGUCUGAUCCUUAUCUAUCUCUGCUAGAUUUUCGUAACACACCUACUCAAGGAAUGGAUACUAGCCCAGCUCAGCGUUUGAUGAGUCGAAGCACGAAGACACUCUUGCCUACAAAGGAGACCCUCCUAGUUCCGGAAGUUUAUCUGUUGAAAUCUCAGAAGCAAUUAACCUCUCUAGACCGAAGACAAGCUUGGUACUAUAAUCGUGGAGCAAGAGAUCUACGACCACUGGAUAUCGGAGAAAAGGUGCAUAUAGCACCACCAGAAACAUUAGGACAUACUGACAACGAAUGGAGAAAAGGAACUGUGAAACAUUCACUAGGAAACAGAUUGUAUGAAAUUGAAUCUAAUGGACAGACAUACCGUAGGAAUCGUCGUGACCUCCGUCCAAGUCAACUUGCUGACACAGACGCUCACAUGUAUGAGGACAUUGAUGACAGACCCGUCCAGGAACAACCUGGACGCAUUAACUGGACAAACUUCUGUGAAUCCAACCUCAAAACCUACCAGUGCACCCAAGAGUGA